AAUAUAGCUGUCACGUUCAUGAUUGUUCAUUACUUAUCUUAAAAGUUUUAAAACACAUGCCAUAAAACUCACCAUUUUAGAGUGUACAGUUAUGCGGCUUUUAGUUUAAUUACAAGGUUGUGUAAUCAGCACCACUAUUUGAUUCCAGAACAUCGUCAUCACCCCACAAAGAAACCCUGCAACCAUUAAUUGUUGAUCCACAUUCCACUCCAAACCUCCCAGCCCUGGCUACCAUUAAUCUUUCUGUCCCUAUGGAUUUGCCCGUUCUGGACAUUGAACAAAAAAUGUCCUUUUGUGUGUCUGGCUACUUUAACUCAGCAUCCUGCUUCCCAGAUUCAUCCACCUUGCGGUAUCAAUCAGUACCUCAUACCUUUUUUAUGGCUGAUUAGACUGCACCAUAGGGAUAGACCACGUUUGUUUAUCCACUCACCGUUUCAUGAACAUUUGAGUCACUUCAUGUUUUACUGUUAUAAUUCAAAAACCCUGUGGUUAGCUAAAUACAUGUGAUCUCGGGAAAGGCCAAGGAGUGAAUUUGCAAUGCAAGUCAGGUGGAUGAACAAGGAGGUCUUCCAAUUAUUCAGAGACGGAGUAUGGGGGAAGGGCCGCACAAACAAAAUACCCCUCACUCCUAGCACAGCUCUCGGCGUUUUUCCCGGGUCAAUGCGGAGCGCAGGUCUCCCGCUUCCUCGGACCCGCAGCUGACCAGACUCGGAGGCCGAUGCUCCCGACGGCCGGGAGGGGGCGCGCGCGGGCUCAAGGGCGGGCCGGGCGCCUCCCGGAUCCCCAGCCCGCGAGGGCCGCGGUACCCCAGGCCCCCAGCAUCCCUGCCGGGCCCUUGAAGACCAAGGACCGAGCACCGACUCGAACGGCCUUCUGCGGGCCGGGGACUGGAUCGGACGGGGAGGAUCCCUCGGUGACCGCCCGGCAGCUGGCGGCGACGGGGAGACGCGAGCGGGACUUCCCUGCACGGCCCCCACCCGCACAGGUGCGGCCCUGCCCCCUGCGUUCUAUUCCCCGCCGCGCCCACCGCUCCCAGGGGGCCGCCUACCUCACUGUUCCCACGGCUCCUCGCCCGCCCCCCAGCCCAGCUGUGGGCCCCCCACUCUCACCCCAGAGCCGGGUCUUCGCGCAGUUGUGCCCCUAAGGGCCGAGUGCGACGAUGGGCGGAGAGGUGCAGGGGAGCAGGACCCCGAGGGCAGGGGCAGCGCGGAGCCGCGCGUGGGACGCGAGUGGAAGGGUCCCGAGAUGGAGGAAGAGCCGGAGGCCCAGGGCCGGCGGGCCCCGGUGAUGCCGGGGUUCUUGUUCGCGGAGUGAAGAGCUCCGCAAACACUCAACGUAGGAGAGCAGGGCAGAGGCCUUUAGAGAUAAAGUGAGAGGACAGAGAUGGAAGGGACAAGAGAGCCCGGGGUGGUGCGUUGUCUAGGGGAUUUAUAAGCUGUUGAGACACAAAGGGCUAGGGAUGCAGACCUGCUAAAUGGUCCCAAAAUGUCAUUUUUGAAGAAACAUUAAGUUCCUUAUUAGUCUUCCGGGUUAUUUACAAGAAAUUUACUGCUUUGAUUUCCUCCCAGGAUAGCAGCUUCCUGGUCUGGGAGCAUAUCACUCAAGAUUGCCUGCUUUGCUCCCAAGGCCUGGACGCGCCCCCGCGCGCCGAUUGGUCGGAUCCCUGGUUCGGCUCCCCUGGAGGAAGCGGAGUUCGCCCGGCAGCGGGCCCCCGCGGCCCUAUUGCGCAUGCUCGCGCCUUGACCCCAGCUUGAGGUGACUGACCGAGCCGAGGCGGGGACCCCAAGCUCGGAGGCUGAAGGACCCGCCGCGGCUCAUUUGCGGGAAAAGGAGGGCCCUGCUGCUGUCGCCGCCCGGCCGGUGACCGGUGCAGCCAGCCCAGAGAUGGUUAAGGGGUCUGGCCUCCUGGCUGAGGACCCAGCAGUUGGUGCACAUUGAUGGUAUUUCUGUCCCAUAUAUAUGAAGGCCAGAUGCCCAGGAGCCCUCGGUGACGGGAAUUCUCCAGCCACUCCACAGCCCUGUCUCUGCCCAGUGGAGACAGCCGCGGCUCAGGCACAAGGACGGAGACCCAGGACUGCGAGGUGCCUUGCUGGGGAAGAGGAGGAGAAACCCAUCGGCUGGGGCCUGCGUGUGGCCUGGGGGACGGGCCGUUGGUCUCGGAAUGCCCCUGCCCGAGCCCAGGGAGCAGGAGGGGAAGAGCGUGAGAGCCGCCCAGGAGCCGUCCCCCGAGUCCCCUGAGCCAGGCACAGAUGUGGUCCCUGCUGCCCCCACGAAGCCCAGAAAGUUCUCCAAACUGGUCCUGUUGACAGCUUCCAAAGACAGUGCCAAAGUGGCUGGGGCCAAGCGCAAGGGUGUGCACUGCAUUAUGUCCCUGGGGGUGCCCGGGCCUGCCACUCUCGCCAAAGCCUUGCUCAAGAUCCAUCCUGAGGCUGAGCGGGCCAUUGAGGCAGCCCCCCAGGGGCCUGAGCAGAAACGCAGCAAGGUGGACACAGAUCUGUCUGGGCUCUGGGGCCACACCCCACAUGGUAACUGUGGAGAAUUGGAACAAAGCUGCCCUUCCUCAGAUGGAGAGAGAGCAAGGGUCAUGUCUCAGACCGUGCGGCUCCCCGAGGCAGGUGCCUCUGGCCAGUCAACAACCCUGUCAGCCUCCCUCCCUGUCUAGCUCUGUGCCUGGGGCACAGCCUUGCCUGCCUCCUGCCCCAGCCCAGGCCAAGAGAAGAAGAUAGCAGCAGGCUCCCCAGGUUUGGUCCGGAGUUUCCCAGCAGUGGUCCUGUGCCCCUGGGCUGGCUGCCUGUGGGAGCGUGUGCUUGGAGUUGGUCAUUACUUCUCUAGGUCAGCAGCGCCACAGAGGCCCAGCACAGCCCCUAGUGGGCUGAGAACUCCAGGCCCGUCACCCACCCCUCCUUUUCCCUUUGACACCAGCCUGACCCACCCCCUUCUC